AUGGCCACGACAAGUGCCUUAAUUAGUGAGUCGUUCAUUAUAAUGGACAAGGACGCUGACGGGUGCAUAACCUUCAACGAGUUAGUGUAUGCCCUAAGACUCAUAGGAGUAUCGACCGAUUAUAACAAGCUGUAUCAAAAUAAUAAAAUCAUUUAUAGCCUAGAGGAGUACUCCAAGAUAGCAAGGAAGGAGCUAGGGAUACUGACCCCUAAAAAAAAAUUAAUGCGCACUUUGAAAAAGUUAGACAAAAAUAACAGUGGCUGUCUGAGCGUAGAUACAAUGAUUUUUUUAGUUAUGACAAUGAGCGAUGUUUUAACGGAUGAAGACUGCAAGAAAUUUAAGAAGUUCGUUGAUCCGUACAAUAAGAAUUUUAUAUCCAUAGAGGAAUUUGCGCAGAAGGUAUUUUCCUGA